GUUCUGAUUAAUUUAAUAAAGUAGAUGAUACACUAUUUCUAAAUAUUUUUAAACUUUGUAAACUAAUCGAGUAAUUAUUCAGCUUUUAGUUGUAUAUCACGUAUUAAAUUGAAUUACACACAUCAUAAUUGAUCUCUUCAUCAGUUGAAGAACGACAUGCAGUUAGAGUUUUGCUAUAAAAAGUUAUGCACAAUAAUUAAGGGGACUUCCUCCUGUUUACAGUUCGCCUCCAUAAACUUUUCAGUAUUCCCCAACCAGACAUACUUUCAAAAGCAAAUAGAGUUUCUCAUAAACUGAUCUUAAGAACAACAAAAAAUCGAUAUCUUCCGCUUCAUAAAGAUCGACAAGUAACAUGUGUUUAAUUAUACUAAUGUGUAAUUUUUUUGUACGAAAUUGCAGAUGCAUCGGCCGUUGCCCGGACCGGUGAAGGAUGUCCUUGGAUCGCCAUGAAACACAGCAUUCUGAAGAUCCUGCCCAUCCUCUGUUGCACAGUGCAUUUACACGCUGGACAAUUGAUCCGUGAUGCAAGAUGUUUUUUGGAGAACGGUGCCACCGCGGCGCAUCUCUUCGUCAGCGAAGAUUUGCCGGUCGGUGACAUCGUGGGCGUCCUCGGGGUGCUGGGCGAUCCCGGGCCGCAGGGUGACAUCGAGCUCAGACUCCAAGAGAUCGACAGUCCCGUUGCUUUCUCGCCGUAUUCGAAGAACUUGACUCUUAUCAGGCCUCUCGACAAGGAGGGCGUUGAUGGACCUGCCAGCGUUUAUGUGAACGUGAUUUGCGAGAGGAAACAUACUCUGGAUCCUGGAUUCGUGAUACCAGUCAAUAUUCGUGUGACUGACGCGAACGAUAAUGCACCACAGUUCGUAAACGCACCGUACGUUCUCAAUAUCUCAGAGGUCACGGUAGUCGGUACUAGGGUUCUUCAAGGAGUGAGAGCAGCGGAUGCCGAUCAACCGGGACCGUAUUCGACUGUUCAAUAUGCCGUACUGCCUGGACCGCAUUCGGACUACUUUGUAUUCGUCAAUGCGUUGGAGGGUACAUUAGUUCUCAGGAAACCACUGGAUUACGAGAGCCUUGCUAAUUUCUCCGUGGAUAUCCGCGCACAAGAUCAAGGGAAUCCUCCCAAAUCAUCGACUACGACUCUUUACGUGAACGUGAUUGACGCGGACGAUCAAAAUCCUGCCUUCCAAAAUGAUCAGUAUAAAAUAAUUAUUCCACGAAACAUCAAAACGAGAAGGCUGCUGAAGGUAGACCCAGCGCCGAUAAAAGCUGUCGAUCAAGAUUUAGGGAUCAAUGCCCCAGUUAAGUACACGAUUCAAGGAGGAAUUCUACCAUUUCUCAGUUUGAAUCCGGAAACGGCCGAAGUUGGCAUAACGCGGCCGCUGUACGAACAUGAACUCUUGUCCCCAGCCACAAUAGUCGUUAAGGCCACGCAGGUAGACAAUCCGGAUAAAUACGCUCUUUCUACUAUAAUCGUUUCACGCGAGAGCGACUGGGUCGUCGAACCCACCGCUGGUGGAAGAUUACCUGUGAAAUUUAUACGAAGGGAUCACGAGACUAGCAUCCCGGAGAAUACCCCGCCGGGGAGUGUUUUGUUAACAACGGCAGUAAAUAAAGUAGAUUCUAACCUGAGGUUUUGGCUCGUGGGAGCAAUCGAAGAUCUCGAGAGGUUUUCUAUCACCAAUUCCGGUGAAUUAAUUUUAAAAGGCACAUUAGAUCACGAAAGGAGGAUCCAACAUAGCUUCCUGGUUCGCGUUACUGACGGUCAUCACAACGACACGUCACGCGUUAAUGUAUCUGUCGAGGAUGUAAAUGAAUGGGAACCCCGGUUUCGUCAUCCCAGGUACGAAUUCCACGCGACAACCUUGAGAGAGGGGUCUGUCGUCGGAAAACUGGAAGCUGCCGAUGGCGACAGAGAUGAUAAAGUUAGUCUAUCCCUUAGAGGACCAGAUGCAAGGUCUUUCGAGAUACGUGACAAUGGAGAGCUAAUUCUCAGAUCAGCUGCGACUGUUAAUGGUUCUCUGGCCAGAUUAGUGGCUGUAGCCUCUGAUUCUGGACGCCCUCCUAGGUCUAGCAUGAUCCCAGUGAUCGUGCAUAUACCGAGCAGUGGCUCUCUGCCCAUCGCUGCAAGGGCUGCACCUGCAUGGUUGGGCAGUAGUGUCCUUCUCGUUGCUGUUUUUGGCGCCGUUUUGGGUCUUCUCGGUGUUAUAAUACUCGUUUUAAUUUUGUAUAUAUAUAAAAACAAGAGGCCGAAAGCUAGUGGCUCGGUGAGUUCCGUAGGGACUGGCUACCGCGAAAAGUCGCCAGUUCCUUCUGCCUUGAGUCCAACUCCUCAAGUACUCGGGGCGAACAUGCUACAGGACGCCCUCGAGAUACCUCGAAGGGGGGCACGAACCGAAGGUGUUCUUAGUAUUGACGAGAACGACGAAGUCGAGGCUGAAGACGAUCAGGAGGAAGAGGAUCGCGUUGAUCAAGAAAUCGUCGACGACAGUAACAAUGCUCAAUUCCAAGAAAGGAAUAUGAACAGCAACGAUGUCGCGAAUCCCGUCUUCGGAGCGAGGAACUAUAGUGCCACGAUUAAAAACGCAACAUCGGCGAAGCAGAGGCCUGCUCACGCGAGACACAAAGUAGCUCCCGCUCCUCCGAACCCUCCGAAUUUAUCAGCGACCUGCAACAUACCCAACAUCGGCGGUCUCGUCCAGAAUAUGAACGAUUUGAGCGCGAAAACUAACAUGAACGUCGGAUCCCGCGAAUCUUCCAAUUACUCCGUUGAUCUUCCGGAUUCUUUGGUACCUGCGUGGCCCGUUUGUUCCCUCUCGCAGAGAGUCAAAAAAUUAUCAUGGGACGACGAUGACAGGACGGUGGAUAGCGUGGAAGUUGCGGCGGAAACGAGGUCCAGGAAUGGUCAGAGCGGAAACGAGCGACUUAAUCUCACCGUGUAUUUUUAACUUCGAAAGACUGAAACACAGAAUGGUUCCAAUUAAUCUCUAAGCUUUAUCGAACUGCGUUGAUGAUUUUCUUCAAUAAAUAGUUCUCCCAGUAAAUCAAUUGUUAUAUGUACUAUUUCCAAAUGCUGAAUGAAUUUAAAUAAAAUGUACAUACUAUACAAAACGAGCCUGAUAUUGUAUAUCUACAUAAUAUAGAUGAUGUGUGUUGAACGAGAAUAUAAAUUCGUUUUCUGUUUAUGGCUGUUUCAUUCGCGUUCCAAAAGAGAAGAUGAAGUUCUGUGUCACCGUGUCAGUGGGACGGUCCUCGGGAAAACCCACGUCGCACGAUUCUGCUUUUAAUAUAUUAAAACAAAAGAAUUUUCAAACCACUCACUUUCUAUAGAUAAAUCGGUUGUAAUGUCAUUCCAGGACGAAGAAAAAUGUCAUAAUCACUAAACUGCGCAUUUUUAUGCAAAAUAAAAUAUUUUAUGUCAGUUUAAAUAAUGUGAUUUGCAUAUGAGAUUCCCUUAUCAUUGAAGUAUCGCAAAGUUUACUCUGUUUUUGAUAUUUUUUUUACAUUCUAUAUUUUUACAUUACAGGCAAUGUUUUUAUUCUUUGCAAAUUCAACUUUCU